AGAGCUGCCUUUAUUUGCCUUUUGCUUUCUUUUCUUCUUUUUUGCGUUUGGAAUCGUUCCCUCGCUGUCUGUCUAUGAGUUUGAUUGCUCCUUUUGCACUUUAGGAAGAGAAACAGAGAGUGUAACCGAAAAAAAAAAAGGAGAGAGUAAAGAGGACCCCUUUUUGCAUAGAGAAAGAGGAAAGAAAAGGGAGGGGGAUGAGAGAGAAUUUUGGGGUCCCAUCGCCUCCACCCCGGACCCCCGAUCCAGUUGCCGGAGAUGCCGCCUCCGUCGGUGAGACGGAUUGGCUCAGGACUUAUCAAGUCUGGAAAGGCAGCAAUAUAUUUUUCCUUAAAGGAAGGCUUAUAUUUGGACCUGAUGCGAGAUCCCUUCUGCUAACCAUAUUUCUUAUUGUUGCUCCUGUUGCUGCUUUUUGUGUCUUUGUAGCAAGAAAGCUGACUGAUGAUUUUCCUCAUCACUGGGGUACAUCAAUUGUAGUCAUUGUUGUUGUCCUCACAUCAUUUGAUUUGUUCUUUCUUCUGCUAACCUCAGGAAGAGAUCCUGGUAUAAUACCUCGUAAUGCUCAACCUCCAGAACUAGAAGGUUAUGAAGGACACAAUGAAGCUGGAACAGGCCAAACUCCGCCUUUACGUUUACCACGCACAAAGGAUGUUGUUGUCAAUGGAAUAAUUGUCAAGACCAAGUACUGUGAUACGUGCAUGCUUUAUAGGCCUCCACGCUGUUCUCACUGUUCUAUAUGUAAUAACUGUGUGGAAAGAUUUGAUCAUCACUGCCCUUGGGUUGGUCAGUGCAUUGGAUUGAGGAAUUACCGUUUCUUCUUCAUGUUCGUGUUCUCUACAACUCUGCUUUGCUUUUAUGUACAUGGAUUUUGCUGGGUUUACAUCAAGAGGAUCAUGAAUAGUGAGGAGACAACAAUUUGGAAAGGGAUGGCUAAGGCUCCUGCCUCCAUUGUGCUAGUAGUUUACACCUUUAUAUCAGUUUGGUUUGUUGGUGGCCUUAGUGUGUUCCAUUUGUAUCUAAUCAGUAAAAAUCAGUCUACUUAUGAAAAUUUUAGAUACCGUUAUGAUGGACUAGCCAACCCAUUUGAUAAAGGAUUGUUUGAGAACUUCAUGGAGAUCUUUUGCUCUAGCAUUCCUCCAUCUAAGAACAAUUUUAGGACAAAAGUAGCAAAGGAGCCUGAAAUUCCACCUAGAAUGGUGGGUAGUUUUGUUACUUCAAACAGAGAAAAAUCUGUAGGUGACAUAGAGAUGGGGAGGAGGAAGCUUGUAUCGUAUGACAAUGCUAGAGCAUCAAGUAAUGGUGACAAUCGGGAUGAGGAUGGUGGAUUAACUGAUGUUUCUCCAGAUUUAAGCAGGAUUCUUCCUCCUCAGGGAUUGGAAGGAAGCGUCUUACACUCCAGGCGCUCUAGCAUGGGCAGUAAAAGUGGGAGCUGGGAAAUAUCAGCUGAUGUUCUUGCUUUAGCAGCUGGAAUUGGGGAGUCAAAGCGAGUCACCAUUAGCACCACUUGACAUCAGCUGACUCAAGUCUCAGAUACAUACCAAGAUGUAACGUAAAGAACAAAGAUGACUAAAUCCCUGUGUAGGGGCGAAAAAGCAUUAAAAAGAGGAGGAAACAGGCCCCCCUUCUAUUUACGUUUGCAUGGUUGUAUUUUGAAUGGGAGUUAGAAUUAUACAGGGUGAUUUGUUUUGAUUGCCUAGAUUGAAUGGUAAUUCUUGUGGGUAUUUUCCAUUGCAUUA